GACUACGCGACGGAGGACGGCGCCCAGAUACUACUGCGAUUCCUCGAAGAGCAGCGUUUCGCCAAGAGUAGCUUCAGGGAGCUGCCGAAGGUUUUCGACGCUUUCUUCGACCAGACUCACUUCGAUAAGAAGGGCGGAGAGCCGAUGGCGGCGUUCUGUACGGCGAUGGAGGUGGCGAGGCGCAAUCUCGAGGAAGUUGGCCCAGACAAGAAGAUCAGAGCGAACGAACUAGGGUACCACACGCUGAAAAGAAGCGGACUGGACAAAGACGAGCGCAAUCUAGUGAUAGCACGUGCAGAUGAGACUUUCAACUUCCAGAAAAUUAGCACGACGCUGAAAGACUCCUUCCCACGAGGCGGAGGUCGGCACCGGGAUCGACAGGGAUCGAGAACGAGCUGGCGAUGGGCGAACUACAACGACGGCGAGCGCGACCCGGAGGACGACGACAAGAACGUCGAGCACGACGGUUACUGGGUCCAGGACGACGACGGCUACUGGUACGAGUGGGACGAAGGGCACGGUGACUACGCGUUCGCGGAGGACGGCGACGACAGCUGGGACAGCAGCGACAUGUUCUACAUCGAGGACGACACCGACGUCUACUCCGCGAGCGAGGACGAAGAGUGCCAGCAGGCCCUCGUCAUGCUGCGCGAGAGCAGGCUGAAGAUGAACAAGACCCGGGCGGCUCGAGGCUUCUUCAAGGGAAGAAUCGAUGGAGUGGUGGACGAGAGCGCGGCGGCCGGCGGCAAGGCAGCUGGGGAAGGAGGCAAAGGCGGCAAGGGCAAGGACGGUGGCAAAGGCAAGUCCAAGGACGAGAGGCCGGCGGGCAAGGGCUUCAAGGGCCGCGGCGAGACCUCGAAGGCCCAGUCCCGUCCACGACGUCUGGGUUUCUGGGCGAUGACCACACUGGCGCGCGUCAUGCCAGACAUGUUCCACCAGAAGGACGCCCAGGACCCGGAGCUAGCGACGGAGAAGUUCCAGGAGCCAGCCGAGCACGACAUCAUGAUGGUCAACAUGCAGAGCGACCCGAUCCUACCGGAAGUGCCAGAAGUGGACGCGAUGAUCUCGAGCACGAUCGUGCCAGCUACCCUGGUGGACAGCGGCGCCUCCGUAGCGGUGGCAGGGCGCGGCUGGCUGGGUAAGAUCGCCACGGAGCUCGAGAAGUACGGUCUGAGGCCCAUCAUCGUCGAGGCGAGCCAGAAGUUCAAGGGAGCGAAGCAGAAGUGGAUCGGGAUCCCGAUCGGCAUUGGCAAGAGGCAUGUCCUGCAGGAGUAUUUCGAGAUCCCCGGUGACAUGAUUGGCUUGACGAGGAAGAAAAACCUGGCGGACUGGAAGACGAACCUCUACCUGUGCGAGGACGGCCAGUGGGCCGACUUCCAGGUGCUCGGGGUAUACGACAAGGAGCUCGUGAAGCUUCCCGGCGGCCACGCGGGCAUCGACAUCUUCGACUGCGACCUGGAGUCGUACGAGGAGGAGCCCCUCUUCGAGAAGUUCCGCACCAACGUCGAGAAAGUCGAGCCGGAGGUUUUCCCGGUCGCGGAGACGCUGCAGGUGUCCAAGCCCGACUUCAGGGUCAAGGGCGACUCCGAUCGGUGGGCCCAGGAUGCAACGAGAAACGGCAACAAGGGGAUCUGGAAUAUGGGUACGCCCAAGCGAUUCGACAAACUCAUGAAGGAGUAUGCGGUUAUAUUCGAUUUGCUGCGCGACAGCAACGAGACGUUUCUCUGGGAGUUGUUCGCGAAGGAG